AUGGCGGUGGCGACGAGCCUCGCUUCGCUUCUGGAGAAGCUCAAAGUGGAGGAUCCAUACCUUCCACCGCGAAAUUGGGAAUACAUACAUUCAGAGAGCGGUCGAUUUCCUCAUCCUCCAGCUCGUGCUUCUGCUUCUCCUUCGUCUUCUUCCUCUGUCUCUGAAUCGAGCUUGGUUAGGUUGGCGUUGAAUGCUCUACAAGGUGUUGAGUCUUCUCUUAUUAGCAUCGAGCAGAUCUCUUCUGCGUUAUGCUCUGAGCCAGCUGACAGGACCAUCCAGAAAAUUCCGAGCUUGUGGCAUCGGUUGUCAAGCACUGAUGCGUUGGGGCAGAUUCUUAGAAAUAUAGGCUCCUUUGGUUCUUUGGUCUUUCUUCUCCAUAAGUUUGUAGACCAUUUCACAAGCUUCGAUUUGGAUGUUGAAACAACUGUUGAGGGACAGGAGAGCUAUAAAGUUGGUGAAUUUGAAGAUGUUUCCUCUGGUAAAGCCCAUAACAAGAGCUGCUAUACGCUUGUUAAUCAGGCUUUUGCUAUUGCUGUGAGAAAGGUCCUUGAAGGCUAUAUAUCUGGACUGGAUACAUUAUGUGCAUCUAUAGAACUGAGGCGUUCGUCUAACAUUGUGGAUGGGUCUGACAAUGGUUCACCUUGGCUAGGCUGCCUUACAAACGUCGUUCAUCCAAAGAUAACAUUAUUGGAAGUUUUCUUGCAUACAAGAGAGUUACGAACACAGAUCGAAGCUCUUGCGAACAUAUGUGAUUUGUAUGAUAUAUCUCAAUCUUAUUGUGGCUCUCCUUGGGAAUGUCUGGUUACUGAAGCAACCGUGCGAUUUCAUGGGUUCUACAGAGGAAGCCGCCUGCUUACAUACCUAUAUUCACAACUAAAGGUUGCUGAUCCUGCUCACAGUGCUAUGCUUAAGUUUUUGUUCCUCAAAACAUGUGAGCCUUAUUGUGAGUUUAUAAGAUCUUGGAUAUUUAAAGCCGAACUUAACGAUCCUCAUACGGAGUUCAUUGUGGAAUGUGUCAGUGAAUCGACAUUGUAUUCUUGGGAUAAGCCUGGCAUCUCUUCAUUGAAGAGGGAGCGAGAAGGAGGGCUUGUUCCAUGUUUCUUGGACGGCUUCUUGGUACCUAUACUAAGGGCUGGUCAACAGCUCCAAGUAGUUACAAAACUUCUUGAAUUGUGUAAUCUUCCUGCAUCUGGACACAAACGUUAUGCAGAUCUUCUUCCCUGUUGGACUCAUUAUUCUACCACUAGUCGAGUGUGCCCAUCUCCAAUAACUUUCAGCAAAUUGCAUAUAGAAGUGAUGAUACAGAAAAGAGACGAUUACUACAGAAGAAUGCAAGAAGAACUUGGUGACUUUGCAAAUAAAUUUGAACUGUUCCCUGGGCAGGUUCCUGGAGCAACAUCUUUGCCAAUAUCCUAUGGCAACGGAGAAAUAAUUCAGAAAAGUUCUGUUUAUCUCACUCUGGAUGAUAGUUUACUAAUCCCUUCUACAGUGGGAAUGGAUUUGACCAGGGACCAGGUUGGUUCGGAUUCUGAUGACCAGAAAACAGAAGACAGAUGGUUUUCAGAGAUAGAUGCGUCAUGCUCAUCUGAAUGUUCAUCGACUAGGGAUUCUUUGGAAGAAUCUGAUGUUAAACUCCUUGAUUCACAGAUUGCAUUAGUGGGACCUUCACCAAACUACUUAUCAGCGCUACGUUUCUCUGUUCCCUCUGAUGGAAACUGUAAUCAGAAUCUUGUUCAGCAUAGUGAAUCAGGUUAUGUGGACAACAAUUUUGUCAGGAACGGUGAAAAGGCAGAUACUCGUCGCCAGUGGAUGGAUACUGAGCCAGAAGAGUCAACUGAAGUAUGUGAGGUUGAUAAAUUUAGGGGGCCUCUUUCUAUUAAGUCAUGGCCCCUUGGCGAAUUACCUGGAAAUCCAUUUUGUGUUGAUAAGAAGUACGCAGAAGAUGACAGAAAAUAUCCAAAAAUUGAUUCAGGAGCUAGGAUAAUGAAUACUGAUGAAAGCACACUAUUUAUAAACAACAUUCCUGAAGGUCGUAGUUGUACGAAGCACGAGAGAAAGCAUGAUUUUCUGGAAAACUGUUCCUCAUCAACAUUAGAUCCUUUGAAAGAGACAAAGGCUAACUACCCUUACGAGGUACUCAGUAUGAAUCCUAUGCUGAGAUGUGAUUUCUUGCGCAAGCAUGGAAACAUAAACAGAAGAGAGCAGAGGAAAUCAUUGCCUUGGUUUGAUUUUUCUGCGGUGGAUGAUCCUUCCAAAUCAUGUCUUGCCAGGAUACCUGUAGGGAUCCCUAUUGAUUUUCACGUAGAAGUUCAUAGUUCUCAGAGUGAUAGAAAGAGCAAUCGCCUUGCCAACCGAGAAUGUGGCAUAGAUAGGUUUAAUGUUGAACAUCCUAAAGUUUCUGGCAGUCCUUUAUCUCCGGGUUUAAAAGGUUGCACCGAAGAAAAAAAAUCAAAUGCAUCUGGUGGAAGUAGAUGGGAGGGUAUGCUUCUCAGAUCAAAUAACCCUGAGAGUAGUGCAUUUAGUGAUUGCAGACAGAACUCCUCUGGCACAUUUGAAUUGCCACUAGAUUUUGUUAUAGACAAGUGUCUACUGCAGGAAAUACGUCUUCAAUAUAACUUUGUCAGUAAGCUAGCUAUCAAGUUGCUCGAAGAAGGAUUUGGCCUGCAAGAACAUCUGUUAGCUCUACGCAGAUAUCAUUUUAUGGAGAUAGCAGAUUGGGCAGACGUAUUUGUAGUGUCCCUAUGGCAUCAUUUGGAUUCCCAGAAAUGGCUUGUUACAGAGGCAGAUAAGAGAAUUUCAGAAAUCCAAGGGUUUCUAGAAUCAUCAAUUCAGAGAUCAUCAUGUCAACGAGACAUUUGUAAGGACAGGUUAUUUUUGUACAAAAGACAAGACACAACGCAUCUCCCGCCAUCAAACAUUGGAGUGCGUUCGUUUGAUUUCCUAGGCUUGGGUUAUCGUGUUGACUGGCCAAUCAGUAUAAUUUUGACGUGUGAUGCGCUGAAAGCAUAUGCUGAUGUAUUUAGUUUUCUGGUUCAAGUGAAACUAGCAGCCUAUGCGUUAACUGAUGUCUGGUGUUCACUCAAGGAUGUAAGACAUGAGAUGCAAGAGGAGAUAGGUGAGCACGAAAUCCGGUGGUUAAACAUAUUGAUGAAGCUAAGGCAUCAGGUCAACCAUUUUGUAUCAACACUACAGCAAUAUGUACAUUCAGAGUUAUCCCACGUAUCAUGGUCCAAGUUCCUUCAUUCCCUGAAGCAUAAGGUGAAGGAUAUGAUGGAUCUUGAGUCUGUUCAUAUGGCUUAUCUAAGUGAAGCUCUGCGCAUAUGUUUCCUAUCUGAUGAAACGCGAGCAAUAUCCAACAUCAUAGAGAACAUCUUGCAAUGCGCACUGGACUUCCGGUCUUGUCUUCCGAGAGGCAGUCCAGGGAUUAACACGUCUCAGGUGAUGAUGGUGAAGCAAAAGUUUGACAAAGAGUUAAAGGAACUGCAUUUGUGUCACCUGAGAUCACCAAAACAUGGGAGGUUUGUGCUCUCACGCUUCUGGGACUGCCUCAAUUUCAACCUUUUUUAUUCAGAUAUUCUUCAUGACUCUAACAUCUUCGCUCUUGUUCCUUAG